UAAUUGGUUAUGUGAUAAAUGCUAGCAUAAAUUUAUAUGAGCAACUUGGAAUUGUUAUUUAACUGAAAAUUGAAAAUGCUGUUUUGUGGUAUGGUGGACAAUCUGCCGAGAUGGCCGUGGGAUUCAAACAAAGGGUACACCAAAAGGCCACCCCUUCGUGAGGUUCACACAAGAAUGUCGGGGGCGUUCUUCCAUAAGGGCAUCACACGUUUUCAAGCGGAGCUGUACCUUACCAACACCAAGGAUAAUGGGAGUUUCCUCGUGCGGGAUUCAGAGUCUCUGGCUGGGGCCUAUGUCCUCUGCUUACUGCUAAACUCUGAGGUUCACCAGUACAGAAUUCUGCCAGGACCAGAUGGGAAACUGCAUGUUCAGUCUGAGUCCGGCACAAUACAGCGCGGCUACAAUGAUCUCACAGAGCUGAUUGCUGACUACAUCAAGAAGAAGGAAAACAAUGGCCUGGCAUGUGGCCUCGUGCACCCUGUAGCUCCGGAGGGAUCUAAUGAUGAUGGAGAACUCACAGAUGAUGAUGAUGACGAUGAUGAUGAGGAAGACGAUGACGACGAUUUUGAGCAUCCUCCACCGGUACAGAGUCCACCUGCUACACCUACGGACAAGAAGAAAAACAAUGAGGCAGAAAAAAUAGACUUGCAGAGAAACUUCAAUAAGCUUGACUUGACUAGGUGUGACAGUGUGUUCAAGAAGGCGCUAAAGGAUUAUGUGGACAUUGGCAGCCAGAAGGACUCUACGGCCCUCAACGCUGGUGAUUCAGAACUACAAGAGUUUGAAAAACUGCUUGACUCAACCGCUAGUGGGCUUAGAAGGGAGCUGGACACAUACAUGCGGAAUAUAGAGGUUCUCCAUGAGCUGUUGAAAGUUGAAAACCGAAAGAACUCAACACUUGACCACAGGCACAGGCCAUGUGGCCCAGGGCUCCCUAAUCUGCUGGAACAGAUGUCCCGUGUACGCAGCAAGAUACUCAGUCUUCAGACAGAGGCUCAGGAGACAAUCCAGCUAGCCAGCAUUCCGUCUGACUACGAAUAUCUGGAUUACACAGACCCGAUGUAUGCGGGUAACGGACUUACGAGCGGGCCAUUCCUAAUGUCGAAGUACCGGCCAUACAUUCCACAGAGCAAGUUUGAGGUGAAGAAAUUAAAAAGCAACCGGCCAACAAAGCUGACGUUAACUGUUGACCUUCAGAAUGGGAAAUACUCAGUGCUCAAGCAGACGGGAAAGGAGUCUCUAUCACAUAACACAAUAUCUCAUGACAGAAUCCUCCAUCUCAUAAAGAGCACCAAAGACAAAUGUAACCUCGAUGUAAUCUUGGACGGCAAGAACAAGCAGACGUACGCGUUUCACGACCCUCACAUGCGUGAAAACUUCUGUCUUCAGAUACGACAGAUGAAGAAUAUGCACUCUACCGAGACGGAUAUCGACCAGAUCUCGUUAUUUAUCGGCACUUGGAAUAUGGGUGAUGCAUCCCUAAACCAGAGCCUGAGCACCUGGUUAAAGUGUACGGGCUCGGGCACGUCUCGUGACAGAGUGUUGGGGGUGAUACCCCAUGAUGUUUAUGUUGUGGGAACACAAGAAAGCAGCAUGACGGAAAAAGACUGGGUCAACCAGCUUAAGGCGGGCCUUAAAGCAUGUGUUCUUGUGGACAUGGAGCUGGUUGAAGUGUCGUCACUGUGGGGCAUCAGACUGGCCAUCCUGUGUAAACCAGAGCUGAAGGCCUUCAUUAGCCGAGUACAGCGUAGCUCCGUCAGAACGGGCAUCGCUAACACUUUUGGGAACAAGGGAGCUGUGGCAAUAUCCUUUUAUUUCAACGGGACGUCUUUCUGUUUCAUCAAUACUCACCUUACUUCUGGAGACGAAAGAUGUAAUAGACGGAACCAAAAUUACCGAGACAUCAUCAAGGGUUUAACAAUGAGCCUCGGCCAGAAACACCUGUCACUGUUUGACAUAACGAACCAGUUUCACCAUGUGUUCUGGCUAGGGGACCUCAACUACAGGGUGGAGGAAGAAAUACAGGUAUUAUUACGUAAAAUCAACGAGAAAGACAUUAAUUUCCUGCUCGAGAGAGACCAACUUAAACGCUUACAGAAACAGAGAACGGUCUUCUCGGCAUUUGAUGAAGCUGAUAUAACCUUCCUACCCACGUAUCGCUUGGAGAGAAAUGUCCCCGGGUACAAGUAUGCCUGGAAGAAGAUCAAAGCCACCAGUGAACGAAUAAACGCGCCAUCGUGGUGUGACAGAGUUCUAUGGAAAUCCUACCCAGGGCAGUUCAUCGAGAGUGUGGCCUACGGCUGUUCUGAAGCCAUACUGAGCAGCGACCAUCGUCCAGUAUUUUCCUCUUUCAAUGUUGGGAUCAGUUCAGAAUUUGUCCACCAUGCCAGAAUGUCGCUGGCUGAGAUGGCCAUUGUUCAGAUCGUCUUUACUGCAGUGGAAGCUCAGGUGAAGACGUGUUGCAAGCAAUAUUUCCAGCUUGUGUUCCAUUCCACCUGUCUUCAGGAAGUCUACAGAAGUCAGUCCAACACAUCAUUCCGCGAAAACAGGACGGGGUUUUUCACUGUACCAGUCUGGGUGGCCACGAACCUCCCUGAGAUGCGUCCAUUGUUCGGUGAUGUCGAUUACCUAGAAGACCAGCACAUUCUGAUAGCCGUGGUAGCCAAGGACUCAGACAACGAGUCCUACGGGGAAUGUGUCCUCUCAUUGCGUGAAAUGUUCUCCGACGAACCUAAACCGUUUGAGUACACCUUACUGCAUCAAGGGGAGGAGACUGGUAAAAUAAGUGGCAAGAUGCACCUGAAAACCAAGGGGAAGAAAACAUCAUCAUCUAGAAGUGGCAGGAAUAACUAUUCUCUAAUAGCCCUGGACACAGAAUACCACGACCCAGAGAUGUACCUCCCUGACCACCCGACCCACAAGCCCCCAGGCGCCUUUAGGGGCUCCGUAAAGCCGGGCAUGGGCCCGGGUCAGUCCAAACCCCCCCUGGGCUCAACUAUGUCUUCACACAAUAACACCGCACCUAAGCCUCCACUCAGACAGACUGUCAGUACUAUGGAUGAUAGGAUGGGUGGACCAAUGACUAGGGAGACAAACCAACGAUCAAUGAGAAUGGAAGGUCGAGCACCUGCCCCCCUCCCAAGUUCGCCAACCUCUCUGACCCCCAUUCCCCCUGCUCGAAGGGGCACCCCUGUGAUGGGGCAGGGGUCAUUGAGGGUGGCGCCCCCUGUCCGGCAGAGGAGCGCACCAGGAAGUGCUCCACAGAAGCAUGUCCCUCCCAUACCCCCGAAACAGAGGACUGUCAGUGGACCUGAUCAUCAUUACAUCAACCGACAAGACGGACACAAACGCCCUAAGACUCUCGAUGAAUGGUUAGCCCAGCUUAACCUGUCCGUGUAUGAAAAAAACUUUACGGACUACGGAUGGGACAGUCUACUUUAUCUCGGUGAAUUAAAGCUCGAAGAUCUCAUACGAAUCGGUGUGGAAGUGCCCGAACACCAGCGGAUGAUACUAGCGAGCAUUCGCGAUCUAAACAAACCGCUCUACGAAAACCAAGUGAUAUGGGAGACAGACAACGUCACGCAUAGCGAUGGAGAGGGCUACGCUACCCACCCAAAGGAACGACGCUCAUGUCCCGAGACUAUCCGACACGAUUAUGUCAACGAAUUCAAACCUUUGAUCAGUGUCGUCCCAGGAAAAGACAAUAUUGCUUACUCAAGUGAAAACGUUGGGAUAGAGAAACCAAUGAAAAGGUCUGAUACCAGGAAAGGUGACGACAAGGAAAUAUACAAUUCUGCAAAAUACCAAGUUGGAUAUAAAGAGAGGGUCACGAUUUUGGCAAAAGGCACCUCGGUGAAAGUUGCCGUAGACGAGUAUGUAAUGGAUGGAGAUGUUCCUGUUGAGGAAGAGGAUGACGUGUACCAUGAACCAAUAUUUAAUGACUCGCAGGACGAUCUCCCUACAGCCGACCAAUUCUAUCAUGUCCUAGAAACACCUGACAAAAUAAACCCUCGGACGUCGACCUUGUACAACUCAGCAACUACAUGUAUAAACAUGCAAGCAGCAAAUGACGCAAAUCGGGGGCCAUCUCCAAACACUUACGACAAAAUUGAUUUGUCUGGCGAGUUACAAGAAAUGGACAUGUCCGAUAUACAAAAUUCUAGUGAAAUGUUGACAUUAGAUGAAUGGCUUGGAGCCUUGGGAUUGGAGAUGUAUCAUGAUACAUUGGUCGAAAAUGGUUGGGUGAAUUUGAUGGUUCUUCACGAAAUGACCGAAGCAGAUUUGGACAUGUUGAACAUUGAUAACAAAGGUCAUAGACUAAAGAUGUUACACGCUAUUCAAUACCUGAAAGGAAACGAUUCAACAAGUGACAAAACAGUUGUUAUUUAAAAACUGAAAUUAUACAUUUUUGUAUUUAAAGCUGCACUCUCACAGAUUUAUCAUUUUUACAACUUUUUUAUUUUUUGUCUUGGAAAGAGCAAUUUUUUGCGUAAAUAUCUGCAAACCAAUGAUAUGAGAUUGCUGACAAAAAUCAGAUUGUAGAUUUUCAUAUUUCUGUUAAAAAAAAAUGUUUUAUGGCCUAAACCAUUACUAACGGUUUAAGAAAAAUGCAUAAAACAUCAAUUUUUGAACUUAAAUAUAAAAAUCUGCGAUCUCAUUUUUUGUUAGCAAUCUUAUUUAACUGGUUUCGCAAAAAUUGGCUAGUUCUAAGACAAAAAUUGUCAAAACGUUCAAUCUGUGAGAGUGCAGCUUUAAAAGGAAAAUAAAACGUCUUAGAAAAUAAUUUACGGUGGACAUGCUUGUUUUGAUGAUAGAAAAUCAUCAAAAGUUCAAAUGGGAGCUCUGUUGUUAAUAAUUAUUUAAGAAUAUGAUAGAUAGUUCUAUAUUUUGCCAACAAGCAUUUAAGUAACACUUUUAAAGUUGAAUUAUUUAAAAGCUUAGAAUUACAAAAUUCUGUUUUGUUGCCAACAUAUAAUCUGUGCAUCAGUAUGUUCAGUAUUGAUAUUAUUGUUAAUGUAAAUAAAACAGAAAAUUAUGAUUUAAUCUGCAUAGCAGUUAUCACAAGAAAAAGAAAGUCUCUGUCAAAAAUAAUUCUUAUAUGAUGUACCAUAGUUGAGUAUGUGCAUUAAAAUUAUGUCCUAGUACAUGUGGGAUUUAUUAUAAAAUGAAUAAAUGUAUUGCCUUUCAUUGGACAAUAUUAAGAUUCACUUACAAUUUUAUUAAUUGGAAUUCUCUUUGAGAAAUUUUCCGCAUAAUAUCAAUUUAUGGUCUGCAUUUGUCAUAUAAUAAAGAAAUACAUCAUUCUGUGUGUAAUAUUUAUGCUAAUGAUAAUUUAUGAUCUGCAAUAGCCAUAUAAAUAUAUCUAUCAUUUUGUUUGUUACAUUAUUAUGCUAAUGACAAUUUAUGAUCUGCAAUAGCCAUUUAAAAAUCCAUCUUUUUUAGUAUUACAUUAUUAUGCUAAUGGCAAUUUAUGUAAGCAAUAACCAUUUAAAUAAAUCCAUCUUUCUGUGUGUAAUAUUUAAAUAUGCUGAUGACAGAUUAUGGUCUUCAAAAGCCAUCUUUCAGGACAUACAUUAUUCUGUGUGUUAUAAUUAUGCUAAUGCCAAUUCAUAAUUUGCAAUUGCUGUAUAAAGAAAUCCAUCAUCAUUAUGUGUGUUAUAGAAUUAUACAUGUGCCAAUUUAUGAUCUGCAAUGUAUAUACAAAGAAAGCCAUCAUUCCAGACAUCCAUCAUUUUGAAUGUACAAUUAUUAUGCUAAUGCCCAUUCAUAAUUUGCAAAUUGCCAUUUAAAAAAUCUAUCAUUAUUCUGUCAGUGUGUUAUAUUUAUGCUGAUGCCAAUAUAUGAUCUUCAAUUGCAAGACAUGUAUAAAUGAAUAUGUGUGUUAUAAAUUUGGCUGAUGCCAAUUUAUGAUCUUCAAUUGCCAUAUAAAGAUAUCUAUAAUUCGAGACAUUCAUCAUUCUGUGUGUAAGCAUUAAGCUGAUGCCAAUUUAUGAUCAGCAAUUGCCUUAUAAAGAUAUCCAUCAUUCGAGACAUUCAUCAUUCUGUGUGUAAGCAUUAAGCUGAUGCCAAUUUAUGAUCAGCAAUUGCCUUAUAAAGAUAUCCAUCAUUCUAGACAUCAAUAAUUAUGUGUGUAAGAAUUAAGCUGAUGCCAAUUUAUGAUCAGCAAUUGCCUUAUAAAGAUAUCCAUCAUUCGAGACAUCAAUCAUUCUGUGUGUAAGUAUUAAGCUGGUGCCAAUUUAAGAUCAGCAAUUGCCUUAUAAAGAUAUCCAUCAUUCGAGACAUCAAUCAUUCUGUGUGUAAGAAUUAAGCUGGUGCCAAUUUAUGAUCAGCAAUUGCCUUAUAAAGAUAUCCAUCAUUCGAGACAUCAAUCAUUCUGUGUGUAAGAAUUAAGCUGGUGCCAAUUUAUGAUCAGCAAUUGCCUUAUAAAGAUAUCCAUCAUUCGAGACAUCAAUCAUUCUGUGUGUAAGAAUUAAGCUGGUGCCAAUUUAUGAUCAGCAAUUGCCUUAUAAAGAUAUCUAUCACUCAAGACGUCCAUUAAUUUGUGUGUAAUAAUUAAGCUAAUGCCAAGGUAUGAUCAGCAAUUGCCAUAUACAGAUAUCCAUCAUUCAGGAUAUCAAUCAUUAUGUGUGUAAUAAUUAUGAUUAUGCCAAUUUAUGAUUGGCAGUUGCCAUAAAUUAUAUAAAGAAAUCCAUCAUUUUGUGUGUAAUAAUUAAGCUGAUGCAAAGUUGAUGAUUGCUCGUUAAAACAUGAUUUGUUGCAAACUUCAAACCACUAUUUCUUGUUUUAUUAACAGAAUUAAAAUUCCAAAAUUUC